AUGGGGGACAGCCUCUGUACUUGGCUCUGUUCUCUGCAGGUUCCCAGUCAGUGUGUGGAGAGCUCCCCAUUCACCACUCCCCCUGUGUACAGUCCUGGAAAGCAAGGCUUCAAAACUAAAACCAGCAGCAUCAUCACCACCUCCACCCUUCACCCUGCAGCUGAUGACCUCUCUAACUUCGACUCUGACAGUACAAAGAACAGGCAGCCCAAAGAUACCCUGGGUGCCCAGGAAGGGAAAGGAAAAUCGCAAAAGCUGAAAUGCAACUAUUGCAACAAGAUGUUUGCCAAGAACUUCGACCUCCAGCAGCACAUCAGAAGCCACACGGGGGAGAAACCCUUCCAGUGCAUUGUCUGCGGCCGGGCCUUCGCUCAGAAAUCCAACGUCAAGAAGCACAUGCAGACCCACAAGGUGUGGCCGUCUGGGGUGUCCCACUCCUCUGUCUCCAUGCAGGUGCUCACUGUCAACUCAGAGGAGGUGGGCGAGCGUGAGGAGAACGAGGCUACAGCAGAACUAUCGGAGAGCCCUGAGCAGCAGGCACUGGUGAACUCGGGUGAGGCCGGUGCCGCUGGCGUUGCCGGUGGUGAGGUGAAGCAGAUGGUGGUGAUUGACAGCUCCUACCAGUGCCAGUUCUGUCCCGGGAAAUUCGUCACUUACUUCCAAUUGAAGUCCCACAUGAUCCAGCACAAGAACCAACAGGUGUACAAGUGUGUGGUGAAGAAUUGCACUCAGACCUUUGUGAAGCUCGAUGAGUUUGUCGAACACAUCAAGAAUCACGACGAUGAGAUAACAUACCGGUGUCACCUCUGCAGUAAGAUCUUCCCAUCACUGUAUGAGCUGGGGGUACACCAGUAUUCUCACAACCUUUACCCCCAGCAGACUCCCAAGAAAUGCCCCACGUUUUACAGGUGUUCGAGGUGUUUGAGUAAAUAUUCCACUCCUGAAGCCCUUGAACAUCACCUCCAGACAACCUCUCACAAUUACCCGUGUCCACAUUGUCAGAAGGUCUUUCCAAGUGAGAGGUACCUGCGGAGGCACAUCCCAGUGCACGGCGGUGGAGGAGUGUUCAAAUGUCAAAUAUGUAAAAAGUCCUUCAAAACCGAGCACUAUCUCAAGCUACACCUCCUCAUUCAUUCCGGUGAGAAACCGUUUAAGUGCACAUUAUGUUCAGCAGCGUUUAAUCGCAAGGAUAAAGUAAAGAGGCACAUGCUAACCCAUGACCCUGUCAAGAAAUUCAAGUGCCCUUUCAGGGUACACUCUGGUUGUACAAAAGAAUUCAACAGACCUGACAAACUGAAGGCUCAUAUAAUCGCCCACUCAGGAAUCAAGCCGUACAAGUGCCAGUAUUGCAGCAAGAGCUUUAGCCGACGGGCCCACAUGGUAGAGCACCAGCACUCUCACACAGACACCUACACCAUCCGCUGUGCCCCUUGUGGCAAAGGCUUCACCCGCGAGAAAUACCUCAAGCAACAUCGGUGUGGGCUGCUUGCCAGGCGAGGGGAGGAGCACCAGGCACGCAAACGGCGUCCCGGUGCCCGCAGGGGGCCCUGCAAAUCCAAGAGGGGCCCGGCCGAGAGCCGCACAGCCCCGGGGUCCGAGGAGGGAGUGGAGGAGAGGCAACCUGCCCAGAACGGGCAGUGCAGGGAGGAGCACGUCAUCGUCCUGUCGGAGUCCGAGGAGGCAAACGCCACCAACAACACCGACCAGAACUGGCUGACCAUCUCGAGCCCGGGGACCAGUAGCUUGACCGAGCUGCCCAGCAGCCAGGGGGUAACCAUGGUUACCGUCCCAGUUUACAUCCAAGCCUCGGAAUAAACAGGCUCUGGACCGACCUUCCCACUACAGCAAAGACUAGUUUUUUUUACAUUCAAUAAAUAUAUGUAAAUAUGAAUAUAUCAAUGAGCUGUCCUGACAGAGAGAAUGAAUGAAAAAAAAUCUUGUUA